AUGUGUACUAAUGGCAUCCACGGUCGAGUGUUGAUUAAUACCCUUAAUCAAAACUUGAUCAACAUCUCAGUCAAAAAUGCCAACUAUGGAUUCCAAAAAAGCAAGGAAUUGCUUGAGCUUGAUGACGACAAAAACCACCCACUCCAUUCAUCGCAUGGUGUGGAAACAGCAUCCUCUAAUGUACUUGAAAAUGAGCUUGCCAUUCCAACAACUUGUGCAGGUUCAACAAACAAUAAAAACUUCCUGCAGAGUGUGUCUGCAGGGUUUUGUGAGUCAGGCCAGACUAGUUCAGAUCAAGAUUGCUUUAUUGUGGAUGGCAAUAUAGAGGAACAAAUUUCUUCCCAUUUCCAACAUAACAGUGCCAUGCACCACGAAGAGGAAAUGGAGAUGACAUUCCCACGCUCUGUGUAUGGGGAAAUUGGAGAUAAAGAUGUUGAUUCCUUUCAUAGCGAAGAAGGUGAAGUGAGUCACUUAGAAAGAGGACAGAUACAUGAAAGAAUCAAGCCAGAUUUCAAUCUGAUCAAUGUCGAUGACAGAGUUGUUCCAUUGGAACUGGAUCCUUUACACUCACCUAAUGAUCCUGAUCUGGUUCAAUGCUCGUCAUCAGCAUUGCAAAGUGACCAUCAGCAACCUGACGCACGGGAAACUCCUGCUUCAUCAAUUGAAAAUUCCAAUAUGAACAAAGGAUCUCAUGAAAUGUCUGCAAACAAGGCACAAGAAAUAAACUCAGAUCCACAAGGCUGUGAGAAUCAUAUAACCAAUGCUGCAUUACUAGAGGAACAGGGUAAAAAUAUGAGGGAAAUAACCAUCCAGGUUUACCCGGGCCAUAACCAGGCCAUUUCCCUAGUUACAAACGGAAUCCUUACCACUGAUGUCACUACCUUUUCUACACAAGUUCCUGCAAUAUUAACAGAAGGUGAUGCAGAAGAUAAUGAAACACAGUAUCAAGUUGUUACGACCAGUUCUGUGCUCAAUCAGGCAGAUGGGAGUGCUGCACUGGAUGUGUUAACUUCAUCAUCAGACUUUGGCAGGAAUGUCAUUUUGACCGAGCAGCAACAAGUUUUGCUAAGUGGUAUGCUUGUUCCUGGCGUCACUGCUAAUCAAGCAAUUCACAUAAACAUGACACAGGAGGGUGGUGCAUGUAUAGACAUGGAUGAGAUUCCACAGGGAGACCAGGGGGAUGAAGAGUGUGCAGAUGGAAAAGGCCAUGUGUGUCCUCACCCUGAUUGCAAUAAAGUAUGUUCAAAAGCCUACAAACUGAAGCUGCACAUGCUGACACACACGGGAGAGAGACCUUACAAGUGUCCACAUGAAGGGUGUGAGUGGGCAUUUACUACAGCCUAUAAAUUAAAGAGACAUGCCAGGGGUCAUACUGGAGAAAAACCUUACCUGUGCACUCAUGAAGGAUGUGGCAAAUGCUUUACCACUGCUUACAACUUAAAAACACAUUUCAAUGCACACUACCGGGCAGACACCCACAUUUGCAGAUACGAAGGCUGCGGCAAAACUUUCCCCACCGCACACAAGUUAAAAGUACAUGAGAGGAGACAUCAGGCUGACCGGAAAGCAUACAAAUGCGAGAUAGAGGGGUGCGGCAAAGUGUUCUCUGCUCCUGGAACUUUGACAUCUCACAUUCGGACUCACAGCAGUGAAAAACCUCAUGCAUGUCCUGUUGAUGGAUGUGAGAAGCGAUUUACCAAAGCAUCCAAGUUAAAGUUACAUCUAAGAUCUCACACAGGGGAGCGACCAUUUCAUUGUGAAAUUGAGGGGUGUGGUUGGUCAUUCACAAGUGCUUACAAACUGAAGAGACACAUGCGGAAACACACUGGUGAAAGGCCGUUUGUGUGCAAUUAUGAAGGCUGCUGUAAAUCCUUCACCAGGUCAAGUCAUCUAAAGACUCACAAGCUUGUUCACACAGGAGAAAAACCUUAUGUUUGUCCAGUUGAGGGGUGCAACAAGGCUUUUACAGCUGGAAGUAGUCUCAAUGUUCACAUGUGUAAACACACUGGUCAAAAGCCAUUCAAAUGUGACGUAGAUGGCUGCAAUAAAACAUACACAACUGCUGCAAACUUGAGAGCUCACCAAAAGCGACAUGGAAACAAGGCAUUAACAGUGGAAUUCAAUGACUCAUCACAUGGUGAUAUAACAGCUGAACUCAGUGCAGUUAGCUGUGGAAGCAACACGAGUGAAACAGAACCUGAGGUCAUGUACACCACCAUUGGUGCUUUCCAUUCCAGUAAUUUUCACCUGGACGAUGCUGCUCGCCUUUCAUCGGUUGGCACCCUGUGUACCCUGGUUACCUCCGCAGGACACCCACUCAUCUCACCGCCUGGUGAAAUAGUGCUGGAAACGGAAACGAAACAGUCAGAUGACGGAGAAAUUAAAACUACGGUGUCAGGAAUUCAAAUACCAAUUUCUAUUCAGCAGGAGCAGUUUGCUACGGAGGGUUUAGAAAACAAUUCAAAACUAGAUGUCUCUGAAUUUGUCGUGAGAAGCACUGGUGAUGAUCAAGACCCAAUUUCUCAACACUCCACCCAAGCAAACACGGAGGUAGUCGGAGGGACUGUCUUGGAAGGAAGCAAGCUCACUGGAGGGUUUGAUCUUUGUAUAACGAGCAUGAUGAGUCAUAUAACAAGCGAGACAGGGCAGGAAGGGCUUGGAUCAGCCACGAAAGCUUUACAUUCAGCUGUUGUGUCCUCAGACUCUGGUAAAAGAUCAAGAACUCUUGAUUUCAGAGAUGUUCAUCCUGAGGAUCAGUUUGCGCCCCCUGCUGUUAUUUUUCAGGAUGAAAUCAAAUCUUCAGACACUGAAAACGAAGCUGAAGUGUUGGUGGCUCAAAUCCAACAAUCACCCGAGGGAAUUCCUAUAGUGCAACUCCCGAAGGAAUCAAUGCAGGUCAGUUUACCCCAGGGAUUAAUCACAGAGUCAGCAGUCGCCAUGGUUCAUGCGUCAGAUGUGGAACACAUGGAAGUGGACACAAAUGACAGCCCCGCUGAUACAGUGCCCUCCGAGAUUCCUCUGGUACCCAUUCCAUCCCUUUCAGAUGUACCAGAGGAAAGAGGAAGUCUGGGGAAAGGCGAUCUAUCUCCAUAUAUGGACACUCAUAGUUCUUCAGAACAAGACGAAGGCAAUGGCGACACGUACCCAGAGAGUACAAUUAAUUUACAGGACCUGCGCUGAUAAGAAAGACAGUCAAGAAUAUUUGUUUAUAUAUAAAACUUUUCUAAUGCUUGCCAAGUUUGAUAUGAAAUAAAAAGUGGAUGUUUAUUAGAAACAAGAAAAAAUUAUUUGCACUCCUUUCUUGGCUCUUUUCUUAGCUCCCAGUCCAUUUCCACCAGUUUGGGUUAAUUCUUCCUCGGACGUUACUCGGUAUAUUCGAUAUAACGCGACCAGGGACCUGUUUCUCGAA